CUGCCUACGUCACUGCUUAGGGACAUGCCCACUGGCGUAAAACAAAUACAUUUCCGCAAGUUUGGUUACAAGCUUCAUCUGCCUUGCAUUCACUUGGAGCUUAUUACCGACUUACGACGUAAGUUACAACGUUAUUAAAAUGUGUGAAGUCAAACCAAACAAUUCAGCUCCAACUGAAGACAGCGCAGCGGAAAAAGACUGGGCUGCUACGAAAGCGUUUUUUGACAACCUCAAAUCAAACAAACCGAGACCUCCCAAACCCCAGUAUGCUGUCACCAUCGCCGUCUCGUCUCGCACCCUUUUUGACAUGGCGGAAGAAAGGAAAAUCUAUGAGGACGAAGGAUUAGAGAAGUACGCGGCUUAUCAGGUGGAGCAUGAAGACGAUCCUCUAAAGCCAGGAGUUGCUUUCCCCUUCGUCAAGGCGCUGAUGAAUGUCAACUCUCGACUGAGGAAGCUGUACCCAGACAGCGAGGAGCUGUUUGACAUCGUCUUAAUGACUAACAACCAUGCCCAGGUUGGAGUUCGCCUCAUAAACAGCAUUAAUCACUACGAUUUGACUAUAGAGCGAUUCUGUAUGACCGGAGGGAAAAGUCCUAUAGGCUACCUGAAGGCCUACCUGACAAACCUUUACCUUUCCAAGGACUCAGAGAAAGUCACAGAGGCCAUAGAGGAAGGCAUUGCUGCAGCCACAAUGUUUAUGACACAAACGGCGACUUUGAGCGAAACUCAGCUGAGAGUGGCGUUUGAUGGCGACGCCGUUCUCUUCUCGGACGAGUCAGAGAUAAUCGUGAAGCAACACGGCCUGGACACGUUCUUUGAGCACGAGAAGGAGUUUGAGGACAAACCUCUCGCUCAGGGUCCGUUAAAGUGUUUCCUGGAGGCUCUGGGGAAGCUUCAGAGAAAAUUCUACGCCAAGAACGAGCGCAUGAACUGUCCCAUCCGAACCUACCUGGUGACAGCCCGCAGCGCUGCCAGCUCUGGGGCUCGCGUCCUGAAGACUCUCCGCAGCUGGGGCCUGGAGAUCGACGAGGCUCUCUUCCUGGCCGGGGCUCCUAAAGGGCCCCUGCUGCAGAAGAUCCACCCGCACAUCUUCUUUGACGACCAGAUGUUCCACAUUCAGGGGGCCAAUGAAAUGGGCACCAUAUCUGCACACGUCCCCUACGGAAUCGGACAGAAGUACCACAAGGGGAAACUCAUCGAGCAGCCUGCAAAAAAGGAGUAACCUACAAAUGGUUGCAGGAUUAAAUAUGCACCACGUUGUCACCUGUGUAUAUGGAAAUUCUGGAAAAUUAUCUGUUAAAAGAAUAACAAAUUUUUUUGAAAAGUUAGCAAAUUAAUUGGUAAUGGGUCUACAAAAGGUCCUAUUUUUGGGGAUAUUAUAAAAUAUUUUUCUUAUAAAAUAUGUUACUUUUCUUUAGGCUAGAGUAUUGAGUUGUGGAAUGUAUUUUCAGGGUUAAACUAUUUCACUUGAAACGGUUUUCAUUUAACUGUUUUGAGAUUAAUUUUCUUAUUUACAUUUGAGUUUGUCAUAAUCUUUACACUUCUAUAAGAUAAACAAUAAUUUAUCUGGGUUUUGGCUUGG